GCAGGUGUAGGAUUGUGUUUAGCACCACGAAAACAGACUGCAAAAGGAGAAGGGAGGGAGAAGGGUUCGACCAAUACCGACAGCACCGAGGCCGAAGGAAACCACAAUCCUCCAGCGGGUCUCGCCAGUGGCACAGUAUCUCCCGACCCGAGCACAGCGCUCGUCCGGUUCCGUCGCUUUCUUCUUCCAUCCGAAUUUCCGCCGGGCCGGAGGUGGGACGUACACCAUGUGCGAACGCCCUUGACCAUCUUCCCAGCCGUACCCACGUUACACCCCGCGUUUCCCCCUUUUGCUGACGAGUACGUCGUCGCGAGUUCGGUCGGUGCUUUCUGAUUGAAUUGACAUUCAAGUGACAUUCUCGUGCCAGUGCGAACGUAGGCCGCCUCCGCCGUGCAAAGGAAAAGUUCGUCUCGCCAGCCGACACACACACACACAAACAUACACACGCGCGCACGCAAUCACGUACUGUCGGGAGCUCGAGACGGGUACGGGUGAAAAUUUCCCCUCGCUCGCUCGAGUUCUUCUCCCAUUACUUCACCCCCCUCCUCCCCAUUCUGUGCUUGGAAAAGAAAAAGGAAAAACACAGUGUCCCGAAAAGUGCUGCUAGUUGUUUUGCCCAACCGAAUCGGUUUACGGUUGCCGAAAUCAAUCAACCUUCCUGUGGCCAGCCGCCGACCGUGUGCAGGAAAGAAAUCAACCGAAGCGACAAUCAAACCUAGCCACCUAGUUUUUUUUUUUUGGAGUCGACCGAGUAGUCGGGUAACGUGAAUCAUCCCACGAGUCAGUGAAACGAGAGGACAGCCUAUCCGCCCGAUUCGUUUACCAGCAGGCGUUUCCCGUUUCCUGCGGCCAGAAUGCGUAGCCGGAGCAAUUCCGGGGUUCGCCUCGACUACUACCAGCGGAUCGUGCAUCGGCUGAUCAUGCGCCACCAGCAACCGGUGACCGGGCUGUUCCCGGCCAGCCCCCAAACGCAGCACGCCUGGAUACGCGACAACGUGUACUGCAUACUGGCCGUCUGGGGGCUGUCGAUGGCGUACAAGAAGAUCGCGGACCAGGACGAGGACCGGGCGAAGGCGUACGAGCUGGAGCAGUGCUGCGUGAAGCUGAUGCGCGGCCUGCUGAUGGCGAUGAUGAACCAGAAGGAAAAGGUGGAGCGCUUCAAGACGUCGCAGAACCCGCUCGACUCGCUGCACGCCAAGUACUCGAGCCGCAACGGCCAGAUCGUGGUGGGCGACAGCGAGUGGGGCCACCUGCAGAUCGACGCCAUCUCGCUCUACCUGCUCAUCCUCGCCCAGAUGACCGCGUCCGGGCUGCAGAUCGUGUUCUCGCUCGACGAGGUCGCGUUCAUCCAGAACCUGGUGUUCUACAUCGAGUCGGCGUACUGCAUCCCGGACUACGGCAUCUGGGAGCGGGGCGACAAGUCGAACCACGGCCAGCCGGAGCUGAACGCGAGCUCGAUCGGCAUGGCGAAGGCGGCCCUGGAGGCGAUGAACGAGCUCGACCUGUUCGGGGCGCGCGGCGGCUCCGGCUCGGUCAUACACGUGCUCGCGGACGAGGCGCACAAGUGCCAGGCGGUGCUGCAGUCGAUGCUGCCGCGCGAAUCGAACAGCAAGGAGCUGGACGCGGGCCUGCUGUCGGUGGUCGGCUUUCCCGCGUUCGCGUGCGACGACCCGCAGCUGAUCGAGACGACGCAGGAGGCGAUCAUCACGCGGCUGCAGGGCCGGUACGGCUGCAAGCGGUUCCUGCGCGACGGCUACAAAACGCCGAAGGAGGACAACACGCGCCUGUACUACGAGCGGUGGGAGCUGCGCAUGUUCGAGAAGAUUGAGUGCGAGUGGCCGCUGUUCUUCUGCUACCUGAUACUGAACAAAGCGUUCCAGAACGACAAGCAGGCGGUGGCGGAGUACUCGCAAAAGCUCGAGGACAUACUGGUGAAGACGGAGGAGGGCAUGAAGCUGAUACCGGAGCUGUACGCGGUGCCGGAGAAGGCGGUGGCGGCCGAGUACCAGGCGCCCGGCAGCCAGCAGCGCGUCGUGGUCGGCCGUUGCCCGUUCCUGUGGGGCCAGUCGCUCUACAUCCUCGGGAAGCUGUUGCAGGAGGGUUUCCUUGCCGUCGGCGAGCUGGAUCCGCUGAACCGGCGGCUCGGGGCCCAGAAAAAGCCGGACGUGGUCGUGCAGGUGGUGAUACUGGCGGAGGACAACGACAUACGGGACAAGCUGGCGGAGCACGGCAUCCAGGUGCAGACGAUCGCGGACGUGGCCCCGAUCGAGGUGCAGCCCGCCCGCGUACUCAGCCACCUGUACACGUACCUCGGGCGCAACAAGAAGCUGGGCUUGUCCGGACGCAAGUCGCGCGACGUCGGCAUACUCAGCACCAGCAAGCUGUACUCGCUCAAGGAUCGCAUCUUUGCGUUUACGCCACAGAUAUUCGAUCACGACGAGUACUAUACAUCGCGCGAUCCCGCCCUGCUGGCGAGCAAUUUCACCGACAUACUAGCGUUCCUUAGCUAUAGCUGGCGCCAUCUGCUCGGUCGACCUACGAUCACACUGAUGGCCACCCAUUGGCUCUUAGAUAACAACAAGGUGCCGCUGGCAAUGAUCCAAACGAUGAAGAAGCUCAAGUCGGGCUACAUCAGCGGCACGCGCGUCAUCCUCGGCAAUUUGGGCGACUUUAUCAACACGUCCGCCAUCACGGAUCUGAGCUUUCUCGGCAGCCAGGAGGACGGCUACCCGGACAAAUUGAAUCCCGCCGUGCAGGCGUACCUGGACGAGCAUCUGCUGCGCUCGUUCAGCCACCGGGCAUCGACCACCUCGAUCCGGUCGUCCGGACUGCGGCCGAAAAAUCUGCGCCGCCGCAUGUCGGUCAAGGGUGCGAUCAAGAAGACGCGCUCGAUCAACGUCGACUCGGAAACACUCGGCAUGGAGGGUAAUGUGACCGAGCGACGCCUGUCCCACGUGACACCCCAGUGGCUCGAGCCGAACCAGACAACGGUCGGUGCUGCUGGUGCUGCUGGUGCUGGUACUGGUGCUGCGGCCACCGGGCCAUCCGGCGGUUCGCCAACAUCGCGCGAUCCUUCCCCGAACACGCAGGCCCAGCAGCAGCAGCAGCAGCAGCAGCAGCAACCGCGGUACGGCACGGAGCGUGUGUCGCUCGACGACGACGGCAAAAAGCUGCACAUCCAAACGUCGGCAACUGCGGCCAUGCCAAAGAUACACAUUCAGCCGCUGCCGCGCCACCGGCCCACCACGGAGACCAACUUCGAGAACACCGAGGUGGAGGAGCUGAUUGCGAUGCUGCGCGAGACGGAGAAUCUCGAGGAGCAGGGCGACAUACUGCAGCAUCUGGUCGAUACGCAGGGGCUCGAUUUCAACACCGAGUUAACUGCGGGCGUUAAUGAAGAUUCCCCUUCCCAAGGCAUGCUGGAGGAGGGCAGGGUAGUGACGGUGCGCGGUCUGCUGAAGGGCCUGUACGAGAAGGCGUGCCAGCAGAAGAUGUGGGGCCUGGUGCGCCACACCGCCGGCAUGCUCGGCAAGCGGGUCGAGGACCUAGCGAAGGCCGUUACCGAUCUGCUCGUGCGCCAGAAGCAGGUUACGGUCGGCAUGCCGCCGAACAGCGAGCACACGAUAACGGCCCCGCUGCCCGAGAUGGAGCUGCGCGCCGUCAUCCACGAGGCGUACGGGGACGACGAGAGUACGGCGAUGCUGUCCCAGGAGCUGCUCGUCUAUCUCGCGAUGUUCAUCCGCACCGAGCCGCAGCUGUUCCACGAGAUGCUGCGGCUGCGCGUCGGCCUGAUCAUCCAGGUGAUGGCCAAAGAGCUGUCCCGCACGCUCAACUGCGACGGCGAGCAGGCAUCGGAGCAUCUGCUCAACCUGUCGCCGUUCGAGAUGAAGAACCUGCUGCACCACAUCCUGAGCGGCAAGGAGUUCGCGAUCAACAGCGUCGCGCGCGGCAACAUCUCGAUCGUGAGCUGCAAGUCGAGCCGGGUGAGCAAGAAGAGCCAGAUCGGCAUCGGCGAGCCGGAGGCGGCCGAGGGCUCGCUGAUCGACGACCGGCAGGGGCAGUGGCUGCGGCGCCGCCGCCUCGACGGUGCCCUCAACCGGGUGCCGCGCGACUUCUACCCGCGCGUCUGGACGGUGCUGGAGCGCUGCUCCGGGCUGGCGAUCGAGGGCCGCAUCCUGCCGCAGAGCCUCACGCAGGAGAUGACACCGAACGAGCUGAAGUUUGCGCUCGAGGUGGAGACGGCGCUGAACACGAUCCCGCAGCCGGAGUACCGGCAGCUGGUGGUGGAGGCGCUGAUGGUGCUGACGCUCGUCACCGAGCACAACAUACUCGCGUCGAUCGGCACGAUCAUCUACGUCGAGCAUCUGGUGCACCGGGCGAACCAGCUGUUCCUGGAGGAUCAGCGCAAAAGCCACGGCGACGCGAUGCUGUGCUGCGCGAAGAACAAGGACGUGCGGGAGACGACCACCGCCGGGCUGCUGCUGUGCGGCGGGGCCGCCUACAUCUGCCAGCACCUGUACGACAGUGCGCCGAGCGGCAGCUACGGCACGAUGACGUACAUGGCCCGGGCGGUCGCCUCCGUGCUGGAGCUGCCGAAGCACGGCGACAUGGACUGCACCAUCUCGUAAGAUGUGUGGCGGCUGUUUUGUUUUCUUUUUUUUUAUUUCCGUUCAGCUGUGUGUGUGUGUGUUUACUUAAUCGAAGCGAGAAGAGGAGGAAGAAGAAAAAACGGAAGAUGCUUAAUUGAACCCGGGGGACCUCUUCCUGUGUGCUCUGCUCUACCCAACACACGCACACACGCAAUCGCGUUGUUAUCAUCGCGUCACGAUUAGUCGUAGUUGUUGUUGUUUAUGCUCCUCGAGUGGGGCGGGGCAAAGGGGGAUGAUAUAGAUAGGAAGCAGGCUGUUGUUACAUACACCCGCUCGGAAGGAAUACUCUCUCUAAGACGGCUCUGCGCUUGACAGUAAAGUUUGUUGUAGGAAGCGAUCUGAUUUUUUUUUUGUUUGUUUUACAAAUUCUCCCCCGCCCCACCCAACACGAGGACGAUAAUUUAUAGAUUAGAAGCGUAUACACUAAGCAAUAGCUGUAUCUCUCCCUCGCUGUUCUCUCUCUCUCUUUCUCUCUCUGUCUCGCUCUCUUUCGCUUGCUGUUGUACAUGUCUUUGCUGGUUUUUCCAAGUCACUUUCGAAUGUGAAAACACUGGUUUUCACCGCGUGCAAGCUGUUAUACGCCGCACUGGUAUUUCAUUUCCAUCAUAAUCAUUUUUAAUUUCUUCAGCAUGAUUGUCAUGAUCACCUCUAGCUGGAUUGAGGUAUGACAGUUCUUUGUGAUGUGUUGAAAAUUGUGUGUUAAAUCUGAAAUCUCAUUAUGAAGCAAAUACACCAUUUGACAGCUGUUGAAAAACAUCUUGCAAGCGAUGAAUAAAUGCUGUGCACAUAAGCGAUCGAAAACCCUGUAAAAUAGCCCUAAAACGCGAAUGUUGUUUCAUUACUCAUUUCUACCAAUUGAAUUUAAGUUUGAAUGAAAGGAGCAAUGUGACAAAAAAACGAUGGCAAUAGACCCACGAAGUGUUGAAAAUCAUGCUGAAGAAAUUAAAAAUUAUUAUGAUGGGAAUGAUAGAUUAGAGCGAUGUAGAAUAACAUCUUGCACGCGUUGAAAAACAAUGUUAAAAUUCAAAAGUGACUUGGAAAAUCCUGAAUCAGUCGCGCGAAAACCCAGUCCUAUUUGGGCACAGACACCGCUCCCUGAAAAGCUCCUUCCUGUGUAGGAUACCAACCACCUCCCACCAUUGUUUCAGUCUCUAUCUCUCUCUGUAUUCUAUAAAAAAAUAAUAAAAAUGAUAUCCCGGAUUAAACGGGCCAAACUCUAGGGCAGAGGGCAGGGGAGCGAGGUUUAAAGAGAGAAUGCUAAUAAAGAUACGAGCAAACCAAAUAAAAAAAAAUGGUAAACCCCCCCUCAAUGAAAUGAUGUAUGUUGCAAAAAGUUAAAAUAGAAGAAAAAACAAAGCACUAUAUUGUUCAAGUUA